AUGAGAGUCACCAUCCUUCUCGCUGGCCUCGCUGCCAUCAUCCCCUUCUCCAUGGCCGAAGAACUUGAUGCCGACGAUGUCCCUUCAACAUGCAGGACCAUCUGCCAGCCCAUCGUCGACCUAAGCAACGCAUGCGACAUCGACCCCAAAGAGAACAAAACAAAAGAUAAAAGAGGCGAUUUUCUACUUGUAGCAAGAAGCAAGGCUGAAGAGGCUAUCGAGGCAAACUGCAUUUGUACAAACAAGAGCUUCGAUAAGAUGAUGAAGCAAUGCGACUUCACAUCCACUUCGUACGUGAGCGCAGCAACGAGUGUCGUCUCUGGUAUUUCAGUGGAGGCGACAAAGCCGGCUUCAACAGAUAUCCCUCAGAGUACUACUAUCCCGAGCAGCACUGCUACAGAUGCAGCGGUUUCUACUACUGAGACAGCUGGAAGUAAUGCUGGCAAGAUUGUGGUUUCUAUCAUGGCUGUUACAUGGGCCAAUUUCAUGUUGGCGUUUUUAUUGUAA